AUGUCAGGAACAGGCCCUAGACUUAACAUUUUUCCCACCCGAAUGGCUUUAACAACAAUGAAGGUAAAAUUGAAAGGUGCACAAACUGGUCAUAGUUUGUUAAAGCGUAAAAGUGAAGCAUUAACAAAACGGUUCCGAACUAUAACUCAAAAAAUUGAUGAGGCUAAAAGAAAGAUGGGAAAAGUUAUGCAAACAGCUUCAUUUUCAUUAGCAGAAGUGACUUAUAUUGCUGGCGACAUUAGUUAUCAAGUUCAAGAAAGUGCCAAGAGUGCUCAAUUACGUGUUCGUACCAAACAAGAAAAUGUCUCUGGUGUCAUGUUACCGGUUUUUGAACAUUAUACGGAGGGAGGAAAUGAUUUUGAGUUAACUGGUUUGGGAAGAGGUGGUCAACAAGUUCACAAAUGUAAAGAGACAUAUAUUAAAGCAGUGGAGACUUUGGUAGAAUUGGCUUCAUUGCAAACCGCAUUUGUGAUUUUGGAUGAAGUCAUUAAAGUAACCAACCGUCGUGUUAAUGCUAUAGAACAUGUUAUUAUACCUAGAUUAGAAAAUACAAUCAGAUACAUAAUUUCUGAAUUAGAUGAACAAGAUCAAGAAAAGAAAGUGCUUUCACUUAUAGAAAAUGCUGAAGAUUAUUCUUCAUAUGAUUCAAGACCUCGAGAUUUAUUGGAAAAAAAUGAUGACGAGGAUAUUAUAUUUUAA